AUGAAGAUGGAGAUGAAGAAGAAGAAGAUGAUGAUGAUGAUGGGUGAUCCUCCUGAAGGUCCAAGGCCUACAGAGAAAGCACCUGAGCUAAGGAAGUACCUCAAGGAAUCUAAGGUCGGCAUGGAAGACAGGCACGAUCCGGAAUGCCUUCCCUUCCUUCACCGGGCUUACCUUCCCGUCUUCUCGACGAGCCUGCUGCCCGGUCUGCACCUUCCCGGUGUUCCUCCCCCCAACUGCACCUGCCCACCUGCCUCCCGCACCCGCACCCAAGGUAAGUAUACGGAGUACUGCAUUUCAAUUCGUCUGUCCGCUGCAUAUCCUACCAACAGGGGCCUGACGCUGCACGCCCGCCAUCUCUUCAUCCCUCCUUCAUAUCAUGAGCUGAUCCAGGCUUCAGAUUCUUGUCUCCUCUUGACUCUGGCCCUGUCUCCGGUCUCUUCCCGAAUCGCUUCACUCAGCCGACUACCACCACCAUCCCACCCAUUCUCCAAGGUGUACGGAUAG